UCAAGGCCAUUUGUGCCAUUGAUCCAUGACCAGGGACACAGUUAUCUCACGGUAGACAGAUUUUAUAAUUAAAAAUGGCUACUGAUGAGAUGAAAAGUAAAUUUGAAGGAAAAUGGAAACUUUACAAGAAUGAGAAUAUUGAUGCCUUCUUUUCUGAUGUUGGUGUGAAUUUCCUUGUGAGGAAAAUGAUUGCCGCUGGCUCCCCAACCCAAACAAUAACUAUCAACGACGAUUCUGUCAAAAUAGACGUGGAUGCUGGGUUUAGAAAAAGAGAGGACGUAGUUAAAUUUAAUGUGGAGGAAGACAAGACGACAGAAAAUGGGGAGCCAGGAAAGAUGAUGGCAACUUAUGAGGAUGGUAAGAUUAAAUUCACGCAGACACCAAACGACCCGAAAUCAACUGUCACGACGAUGAUCAGAGAGAGAGAAGGCGAGGAACUAGUUUUGACUAUGAUACGACAUAAAGAUCCAGAUAUAGUAGCAAAGAGGUGGUUUAAAAGAUUGUAGGACCUGAGGCUUGAGUUAUUUGAUGGUUGUAGAAGCUAACGUUUAAGUUAUUUAAUUUACGCAAUUUGUUAUGAAAAAUGGUGCUUGCAUUUGUAUCACAAAAUAAAAAACUUCAUUUACUAUUGUGUAAUCUAUAAAGCAUUUCAUACAUAAUAUGAGUGAUAUUCGUUUUUCGUGAUAACAGUUUUCUUUGCAAUAAGUCAAACCAUGAAUUUGAGUCUUUCAACAUUAUUUUUUUUAUUUUACUCAUAUUAAGGGAGUACCCAACACUUUUACCAAAAUGAAUUUGGCUCGUUUAAUUUUCAUAAAAUCUUGAUAAAUUAUUUAAUUUGACCUGUUGACAAAAAUAUAAAAAAAAUCAAGAAAUUUAAACCGCACAAUUUACAGAAAUAAUUUCAUCGGAUAUAUAGCAGUUUGACAAACACUAAUUUUGAUCAUUGAGAAGCUUGAUUUCUCUUCACUUAUAGUAUGUGAUUUAAAUGUUCAGCUGAUUUUUAAAGAGUUAACUCCCUUAUAUGUUAUGUACCCUCUUAAAUGAUUAUAGCCUUUGAAAAAGAUUCAACAGUUUAACAAAGAUGUUAUAUAUUUAUAGUAUUUCAUAUAUAUCAUAUACCAUAAUGACUUAGUUUUAAUAUACGUUAUUAUUACUGAACUUAUAUAUUAUUUUUUUCUGUCUAACAAAUAUAUCAGCUAAAAUGGAUUUAAUAUGCACAGCGGUCCUUUACAUGAAAUGAACUCAUUUCAAAUAUUCAGAGCAUAAUAUUUAGUUUCAGUCAGUUAAUAUUUAUAUUGUUACGAACUAUAAAGUUUAAGUCAGAUUUAUUAUAUUAUUUUUUAUUUCCUUACGUAUAUGUAUUAUGUCUGUACGAUGCUAGCUACAUUUGUACGUAUAUUUCUGUAUCGUAUAUCAAAUAAAUAUAUAGAUUUAA